AUGAACGACUAUAAAACCGAUGACGAUAGUGAAUACAACGAUGAUGACAGUGAAUACAAUAGCAACGAUGAUAUAGAUACAGAAUGUUCUUCUACUGUGGAUUAUCCUGUCAAGUCUCCAACAACAACAGCAACAAAACCUCCAGCAAAGAAACGUUCAAGAAUUAUACAUCCUUGUCCUUAUGACGAUUGUGAUAGAGUAUUUACACAAAAGCCAAAAUUAACAGAUCAUAUUCGAAGCCAUACUGGUGAAAAACCUUUUGCCUGUCCAUUUCCAAACUGCAACAAGACCUAUAGACGUAAAGGUCAACUUACAGUACACUGUCGACUUCAUGAUCCAGCCACUACAAGAACACUCAAGUGUGAUCAAUGUGAACAAGCCUUUAAUCUUAAACACCAUCUACAACGACAUAAAGAAAAGAUACACCAGGUACCCUUGUCCUUCCGGUGCCAAUGGCCUGAUUGUACGGCUGCUUAUGCCAAGAAAUAUCAACUUCGCCGUCAUAUGUGUAUUCAUACCAACAAGAAACCUCAUCCAUGCAACCAUCCUGGUUGUGAAGCUAGUUUCGAUUAUAAAUCUCGAUUACAAUAUCAUCAAGAUACUGUUCAUUCUGCUAUUCAACGAUAUAUCUGUACUGAACCUGGAUGUAAUAUGAAAUUUACGAAAUGGUCUCAACUCCAAACGCAUGUCAAUACUGGUCAUCCUGUGGAAUGUGAUGUUUGUCAUAAACAAUUUGGUCGUCAAGCUCUUCUGAAUCGCCAUAUCAAAGGAACACACAUGUUGAAAGAGGAAGUCCAUUGUGAAUGGGAAGGAUGCACAAGAGUAUUUCGUUCAUUGAAGAGUUUGAAACGUCAUAUUAAUGUCAAUCAUGCCCCUUUACCUCGCUUCAAAUGCAUGGCUGAAGAGUGUGGACAAAUAUUUCAUUAUCGAUGUGAUUUGGUCAAACAUAGUAAAAGUCACAAGAAGAAGAAAAUGUUAGACAUUGAAAACAACAAAAACGAAUCGACGACAUUGAUGGAUGAUCCUGUAGCGGAACCAAUCAAGAACAACAAGCAACGUACACUCACGGAACUUCUGACUGGAUACAAGUAUGAUGACAAUAAACGGAAAUAUGUGUGUCCAUUUGAAGAUUGCAAUCACAAAUUCUUUCGACAGUACGAUCUGGAGCGACACAUUCAAAGCAAACUGCACAAGUUGGAUGUUCAGGCGCAUAGUGGCGAAGAUGGUGAUGUUACUCCUGUUUCAUGAUGAUGGCCACAUCAUUUUACCCUUUUUUUGUUGUAUUUAUUCUGAUCAUCCACCCUCUAAUAGUAUGUAUAUAUUUAUUUAUUUUAUUUAUUCCAUCGCUUUAUUUAUUAGUUUGUAUUCAUUCAAGUAUUAAUAAUAAAAUCCAUUUUGAUAUUGAAAAAGAAAGAGGGACUUAACUUAGCCGACAGAUACAUCAUAUUCAUGCCUGUUCAAUUCAUCCACACCCCAAACAAUAAUCCAAAGAAAGAUAUAUAUACAACAUUUUUAUUUCCAAAAAAAAAAAAAAAAAAAAAAA